AUGAAAUUGUCUCAAACUCAAGCAUUAGUGCAACUCAGAACGUCUUUAGCAAGCAGUGACAAUCCCCUGUUGGCAAAGAUCCUGCAAUCGAUUGACGCGGCAACCAGUGAUGAACAUUUGUUUGAAGUAACACUUAAACUACUUAAAAGCUUGUGUGUUUGUAUGCGUGAUACCCUGAAAGCAAAAGAAGAUACGUACAAUAGUGCCAAAAAUUUGAUUGGACUCAGCAAAACAGUUUCUACUGAAGGUAAAGUACUUGAUCUGUAUAAGAAAAUUUAUAACAACACAUGCUUUAAUCUAAAACAUGAUCUGUCUAAACACAGCAAUACAUCUAGUGAAAGCUGGAGUCAUACUAACUGUGGUAAGGAGGACAGACAAAACGAAAAUAAUACACCAAAGAUUGAGGAAGAUUCUGUAAAAAAUGUACUGAAAUCUAAACUAGAUCAUAUCUUAUAUAGAGCGUUAGUACAAACAAGACAUCAUCAUAAAUAUAAUAUCAAGAAAUAUAAUUUGUUUGGCAAAGCAAAAUCUAAAGUAAAAAGUUCGUUAAUACAUACUUUGAUAGUCAUAUUAACAUUACACCCUGAAUAUAAAGAUUUAAGAAAAUAUAAUGUAGUAGAGGAAGAUCUCCAUAAAGUACUUCAUAAAAAUUCUACAAUAGAUAUAGAUAUUAUAGACACAAAAUAUGAUCAAAAAGGAAAAGAAAGCGAAGAGGCUGUCAAACCUGAAGUUUAUUCAGACUGUCACUUACAAUCCCUUUAUACAUACUUAGCAGAAAGUGAAAAGAAAAAUUUGACUAAAGUUUUUAGAUACCUACGAAGACGUGACACUAUAAAAAUAUACAUUGAGGUAUUUACUGGUAGAAACCAUUCAGACUAUAUUAAUAUUUGUUGUACUAAUGGAUCGAUAACAGCAUCAUGUAAAAAAGAAUUAAUAGAAUACAUAGAUUCUCAAGAAAAUAUCACAGUACAGUAUAAAAAACUUGAUAAAGAAAAAUCAAUGGCCCUGAAAAAUAGCUUUAAGAAUACUAUCUCAAAAUUAAAACAACUAGUAAAAAGGCUUGACUACAAGUCAUUCAAUAAUUCAACCAUUGAUUUAAAUAUUAGUAAUAUUGAUAUUUCUAAUAAUAUCACGAAUACAAACACGAUGAAGAAUGGCGUACUGUCAAUGAAGGAAAGCAAUUCUAUUACUGAUCAACUUGGCCUUAAACCGAAUGGAGUACCGAACUUUGCAGAAAAUUUAACACACCCACUAAAACUUCGAGAUGUUUCAAGAGCUAUAAUAUUACUUAAUGAUUUCGUAUCAAAACAAACAACAACAGAUAACAUCAAAUCACCUGGGACAAAUCAAACAGACUAUACACAAGUCGAUCUAAUAAAUACCCUGGCUUUAACGGAAGUUCCAUUUACAGAAAGUAAUUUAAUUACUUUUAAAGAAUUGUCUCCUACGACUAUAUCAAACUUAGCACUUUUUGAAGAAAAUGCUACAAAAUCGGAAAAGGAAAUUGAAACCAUUCAAGAUAUGAUUCACAUGAUAACAGUAGAUAAACAAGGCGGAAUUGAUUUCAAUAAAAAUGUGGCAUUGCAGUUAAAUGAUACUGAAUCAGCUUCUUUGGCUAAUAGUUUCAAAACAAAAUCACAUAUUGUCACUACCUCCGCUAUACCACAUGAACGAUUUACUAAUAAAAAUCAUCCAUUUGACAGUGUGUUUACAGACCUCGACAACAAAAUAACUACACAUGGUAUAAAUACUAAAAUGGUAUCAACUAAUGACAAAAACAAACCAAACAAAAUUUUUAAAAAUAACUUACAACAUAAACUGUCCUCAUAUAAAACUCUUAAGGACAUUUUUCCAAGAUAUUCAACAAAAAGUUAUGACACAAAUUUGACAAAGAUGCGACCUACAAAACAUUUUCCUCCAGGAAGUAAUAGGCCGCAUAUUCAGCAUGUUUCAAAGAACGAUAAUAAUAUAUUAAAUAAAAAUCAGGAUAAAGUAACUCGGGAAAAUGAAAAAGCUACAACAGCGUUCAAAUUUGAAAAAAAUUAUUUGCAAGUUACAGGAAACAUAUCUAAAUACAUGAAUUUACUUCAAUUGAAAGUAAGAAAUGAUACGAUUCCAAAGCCGUUCACAAUUUCGAUUUCAAAGCACCCUGAAAAUGUUAUAAAUGUGUACUUUCCACAUGUACAAAAAGAAUCAAAACAAGAUACUUUGACAACACAACAUGAAGAUGGAAAUUUAACUAAAUCGAACAAACAAUACUACCUAGAACACAGUACUAAAUCAAAGGCAUUUCAGAAAAACAUUGUAAAUUCACAAAUAGCUGUAACAGCAUAUAGUAAUGGUAAUAUAUCAACAAUUAACUUUGGUACAAAGAAUACAAAAAACUGGAGAAUAAAGAAAAACAGGACGACAACUGCCUCUAAAUGGUCUAACAUAAUUCAUUCUUAUUCAAAAACAACACAUAUAGACAAACUGAGACCUAAACCUUUUACCUCUAUGCAAACAUCUGCACUACAUCAUAAACAAAAGCUUCAAAGCCAAAAUGCCACAAAUUACUUAAAAACCUUAUCAAAACACGACAAACUGAAAAAUGAUUCAGCAUCUACCAAAUACAGCUUUAUGAGUACAACUAAAAGUGUGAAAACAUUUUUAACACCAAAUAAUAUUUUCAAAUUCAAAGCAGAUAAUACAUUUUCAGAGAGACCAAUCAAAAUACCUAUAAAGCAAGGUAACAAAGACAACCAAAUUAAAUUGCCUACUACAGUUAACACAUCCCUGAUCAAAACUGACCCAAAGUUACCGUCAAAAAACGAUCAUUCAAACAUAAAUUCUGAUUUCUUGAUUACACCACAUUUAGGUGUUAUGGCAAAUCAUCCGAUUUACAAGCACUUACCAACUCAUACCUGGUUAUCAAUGACUACAAAUAAAACAAACAAUGCAAAGACCUUAAAUGCCACAUUCAGAGUAACUAUAAAUACUGAUGAGCCUCAUAUCAAAGUAUCAAAAGAAUUUCAAAAUCUUAUGACAAGCAACGCAAUCUUCGGGGACAAAAAUACAGUUAUUUUAAAUAAUAGGCAACUAGAAGUUAAUAACAAAACUAUGCAUAAAAUAAACGAUAUUUUUGCAAAUACAAUUGAUGAAAGUUACCCAGCCGCAGACUCAUUACUUGGUGAUUCAAUGCUUGCAAAUGGCAUCCAUACAGAACGUAUUACAAUAGUGCCCAACCAGAGGACAAUGCCUCUUAUGAAAUCUACAAGUAUGCCAACAAGAUCCAUCGCAUCAGACAAAAAUGGGUACUAUAAGUAUAAAAGUGUAACUACCAAGAUGGCACCAAUAUUGAACGCCAUUGCCAGUGCCAGUUUUGACAAAACUUCUAGGAUAAAAACUAUAAGCUUCAAACCAAAAACGAUUAUACCAAAUAUGGAAUGGAACUCACAAUCAGUUAUGACAGUUCCUCAUUUUGAUAGAACAAAGACUUCUGAGGAAUCAUCCACUUUCUCUCCCAAAGAUAAAAACACAGUAUUAAAUUUGUCAAAUAUGAUUAAUAAUAUAGACGUCGACAUCGAAACUUCACCUUCUACAACGACUCAUAACGAUAAUCCACUAGAUAAUAGAAAUAUAAAAAUAAAAGGUCAAACAUCCAGUCAGAAGAUAUCAUUCAAUAAUCAAGAAAUAGAGUUAAAUGCCAACUACAGCGCUGUGUUACAUACCACAAAGUUUUAUGGUUUACAAAAUACUUACAAUCAUGUAGCAAGUUCCGUGCCUGUAACAACGCACAAAGCUGUUUCCUCCACAAAAUCGAGCACUGCAAACAUUGAUGCUGAUGAAAUGGUUACUAAUAAAAAUAAAGUAAAAGAAACGCUUACAACUUCAACUAUUGAAUUAACUGAAGUCACAAAUAUGUCGGGUCUCAAAUUAUACACAAUAAACUAUGGAGACCGUGACCCAAUCGAAAAUACAAUUAAUUUUAUAGAAACAUUCGAAGAUCAGAUUGAACUUAAUAUACCAAAUGAUAAAAAUAACACAAUAGAAAAUUACAAUCCAAAAAAUAUUGUAUCAAACACUGGAGCUGUCAUACUAACUAGAACAACAAAUAACUACAACUAUUCUACAAAAUUAAGUAAUGAAACAGAAAGAGAUAAAAAUAGUAUUGAUAAUACAGAAAAUAGAACUGAUGAACAGGCCGUUAGAAACUCAAGUGUUCUAUCAAUAAAUAGUAUAAAAAUGUCCACAAAACCAAUUAAAUAUACACUACCAAACACAAAAAACGUGAUUUACCAAGAACCUUUAAUGUUUACUGAAUCUACUUUAUUCAGUACUAGUCCAAUGUCAUACAAAUUUAAACAAUCGUCCACAUCUACAUUUAAGAAAACAGAAAACAACAUAAGUGACCUAAAAAAUAGUGUGCAAGACAUAGUAAAAAACAUUAACGUUAUACAGAAACACAUCACAGAGACAUCGGGUAGUACUGAGAAAUAUAGUUUAUUAAAAACAAAAGCUGCAAUAUCUGAAGAAAUUUAUGAUGAGAUGGAAAAUUCUAUAUUUGAUACAACGGCUAAAAAAUUAUCCAAUUUAGAAAAAACUAGGAAUAUAGAAAUUAAUCCUAAUCCUAUCUCAGACCAAAACGAUGAGGAAGAGUUUUUAACAAAGUCACUUUUUGCUGAAAACGAUGAAAGUAACAGUGUAUAUACAACAAUAGAACCACAAACACAACAAAAUAAUUUCAUAAAGACGUUUGAAACAGUAGAAAAAAAUACAGUACCAGAAAUAAAAGAAACAAUGCAAAAAGAACCUUGUGAUUUUAAAUUAACUGAAAAUGUAGUGUCACAGACAAACACUGAAACAAUAACUAAGACUAAUACCAUUGAAAAUAUCAUCAACAGAAGUAAACUAAUAGUUUUACCUACAAACCCAACAUUUCCACAACAAAACAUACCACCCAUUUCAAAGGGUACUUUAACACAUAGUCAAAAAAAUAUAAAUGACAUAAUGUUCUCAAAGUCGUACAAUGCUAUUUCAGAACCAAUAAAUGUCUUACUAUCUAGUACAAUGUGUAGUACUAAUAAGAAUUAUGAAAGUUCCGCAAUCAACAUUGAUAAUGUAAUCAAAGGAACGAACGAACUAACUAAACAAACAUUGGAAACUAUCACACAGAAUACGCCUUUUAAAAAACCUUACAACUUUUUAGAUACUGAAAAUACUAAAUUUAAUAACAUACCUGAUUCAUUAUAUGACGAAUUGUUUGCCACAAAGACAAGUAAUACAGUUGAAAUUAUAAAUGCUAGUAACAACAUUGUAAGUAAAACUAAAAUAGCAGAUUUAACUACAACUCCAACAAUUUCACAACAGAACAUUAAGAAAACUUCAAAUAAUACCUUAAAAUAUAACUCGAAGAAAAUAAAGGAUACAAUAUUCACGGAGUCGUACAAAGCUACUUUAGAACCAAGAAAUGUCAACAUAACUAAUGCAACGCGAAACACUACGAAAAAUUAUGAAAAUUACGUUUCUACCACGAGAUACAUAGAUCACGUUACUAAAAUAACUAGUAGCCGAAAUAAAACCACACAAUCAUUUGAAGUUAUUACCAAAACUAGAAGUAAUAUAGAGCCUUACAAGCUUUUGGGAACCGAACAUACGGAAUUUGAUAAAACAUCUGAGACAAUAUAUGGUGAAAUGUUUGAUACCAGUAUGAAGAACAAAAAAGAUUCCACAAGUACAACGUGGAAUACCACAAACAAUUUUAAAUAUGAGAUAAAUAACAUCACCAACAUAGUUCUUGUGACGGAAAAACCAAUAAAUUCAACUGAAAUCCAUCAUAAUACUAUACGAACAUUAGAAAGCAUUACUAAGAAUACACCAUUCACGAAACCUGACGACCUUUUAGGCACCAGAAAUAUAAUUCUAGAUAAUACAUCUGACCUGACAAUGAAUAAACAAAAUCAAAGAAAAGAUAUUAUGAAAGCUAUUGAAAGCAUUGAGAAUAGAAGCAAAAUUAAUACAAAUGUAAUAAUUCCACAAAUAAACAUUAAAAUAACAUCAUAUAAUAAAACAUUAAAAUAUACUCCAAAGAACAUUAGAAACACAAUGUUCACAGAGUCGUACAAGGGUAUUUUAGAUCCAGAUCCAAACAUCAAAAAAUCUAGUACAGUAUGGAAUACUACGAAAAAAUAUGAAAGUAACAUUAAUAGUAUCGCAGGCAUAAAUGUUGAAACCCAGAUGAAGGAUACGUCAACUCAAAUAACUAGAAUACCAAAUAAAGGUAUACAAAAAAUUAAAGCUUUCAUAAAAUAUACGUCACCAACCACAAAAAAUUUAACUCAUACACAACUCUGCAACUUUUCGGGCACCGUAAAUACAAUAUUUUCUAACACAACCGACGAAUUAAAUUCAAAUAAUAUAGAAGGCACUACCAUAGCUAUUGGAAGCAUUGUGAACAAAGGUAAAAUAACUACUCAUUCAGGAUUUUUACAAAGGAACGUAAAAGAGACAUAUACUACUUUAAAAGAUAAUUCAAACGACAUAGAAGGCAAAAUGUUCACAGAAUCAUACAAUGCUCUUUUAGAACCAGAAGAUGUCAAUACAUCUACAACGAAAAAAUAUGAAAAUGGCGAAAUAAAUGCCGGCCACAUAGAUGAUGAGACCAUAAUGAAAUCAAUGAAAACAACUAAAACACAAAACAAUGCUACACGCAAACUUGAAAGUGUUGUAAAAUAUACAUCACCAAUAACAGGAAGUACAACUGAUGUAUAUAUAUUUCAUGACACACCCGAUCCAAUACGUAAUGAAAUGUUUGGAACAAAAUCAAAUAACAAAGAAGAUAUUUUAAAUGCUGUAAAAAUAAAUAAGAGUAUAAAUGAUAUAAAAGUUUUAACUACAAAUCAUGUAUUGCCACAAAGUAAUAUGAAAAAUACCUUUAAAUAUGAUUCAAUGAACGAAAACAACAAAAUGUUCACAGAAUCUUACAAUGUUAUUUUAGAAUCAAAAACUGACCACAUAUUUGCUACGAAAAAAUAUGGGAAUGAUGUAAUUAACGUCGGAAAUAUAGGUGAUAAAACCAAAAUAAAGGACAAAUCAAUUAACACAACUAAAACACAAAAAUUUGCAAGUACCAUAAAAUAUACAUCACCAAUGACUAGAAGUACAACUGAUGAAUAUACAUUGCAUAACACACCUGAUCCGGUAUAUAAUGAAAUGUUUAGAACAAAUUCAAAUAAUAAAGAAGAUAUUAUAAAUGCUGUAAAAAUAAAUAAGAGUAUAAAUGAAAUAAAAUAUUUAACUAGCCAUCAUGUAUUUUCACAAAGUAACAUAAAUAGUUCCUUUAAAUAUGAUGCAAUAAUCGAAAACAACAAAAUGGUCACAGAAUCUUACAAUGCUAUUUUAGAAUCAAAAACUGACCACAUAUCUACUACGAAAAAAUAUGGGAAUGAUGUAAUUAACUUCGGAAAUAUAGGUGAUAAAACCAAAAUUAAGGACAAAUCAAUCAACACAACUAAAACACAAAACUUUCAAAGUACUAUAAAAUAUACAUCACCUAUGACAAGAAGUACAACUGAUGAAUACAUAUUUUAUGACACACCCGAUUCAAUACAUAGUGAAAGUUUUGGAACAAAUACAAAUAAUAAAGAAUAUAUUAUAAAUGCUGUAAAAAUAAAUGAGAGUAGAAAUGAAAUAAAAGAUUUAACUACAAAUCAUGUAUUACCACAAAGUAACAUGAAAAGUACCUUUAAAUAUGAUUCAAUGAACGAAAACAACAAAAUGUUCACAGAAUCUUACAAUGUUAUUUUAGAAUCAAAAACUGACCACAUAUUUGCUACGAAGAAAUAUGGAAAUGACGUAAUUAAUAUCAGCAAUAUAGAAUCUUACAAUGCUAUUUUAGAAUCAAAAACUGACCACAUAUCUACUACGGAAAAAUAUGGGAAUGAUGUAAUUAACUUCGGAAAUAUAGGUGAUAAAACCAAAAUAAAGGACAAAUCAAUUAACACAACUAAAACACAAAAAUUUGCAAGUACUAUAAAAUAUACAUCACCAAUGACUAGAAGUACAACUGAUGAAUAUACAUUGCAUAACACACCUGAUCCGGUACAUAAUGAAAUGUUUAGAACAAAUUCAGAUAAUAAAGAAUAUAUUAUAAAUGCUGUAAAAAUAAAUGAGAGUAGAAAUGAAAUAAAAGCUUUAACUACAAAUCAUGUAUUACCACAAAGUAACAUGAAAAGUACCUUUAAAUAUAAUUCAAUGAACGAAAACAACAAAAUGUUUACAGAAUCUUACAAUGCUAUUUUGGAUUCAAAAACUGACCACAUAUAUGCUACGAAAAAAUAUGGAAAUGACGUAAUUAAUAUCAGCAAUAUAGGUGAUGAAACCAAAAUAAAGGACAAAUCAGUAAAAAUAAUCAAUACACAAAACAAUGCUACACAAAAAUUUGCAAGUACUAAUAAAUAUACAUCACCACUGACUACAAGUACAACUGAUGAAUAUACAUUGCAUGGCACACCUGAUCCGGUACAUAAUGAAAUGUUUGGAACAAAUUACCUUACUAACAAAGAUAUUGUUAAUAAAAGUAAUAAUAAUAAAAAAGAAUCAACUACAAAUCUGAUAUUCCCACAAAGUAAAAUAAAAGUGACAUCAUAUAGUAGCUUCAAAUAUAAUUUAAAAAACAUUAAAGACAAAAUGUUUACGGAAUCGUAUGCUAUAUCGAAACUAAACAAUGACAACAACUCUGGUACAACUCAGAAGACUACGAAGAUAUAUGAAAAUAAUACAAUUAACAUCGGCAACAUAAACAUUCAAACCAAAAUUAAAGACACGUUAAUCAAAAUGACUAAAGCCCAAAAAUUUGAACGUGUUUUGAAAUAUACAUCACCAAUAACAAGAAGUACCACUUAUAAAUCUAUAUUAUUUCAUACAUCACCCGAUUCAAGACAUAACAAAGUUUUAGAAACAAAUUUAAAUAAUACAGAAGAUAUUAUAAAGGAUAACGAAAUGAAUAAAAGCAGUAACAAAAUCAAGGGUUUAUUUACAGCACGAAACACAAAAGCAGCAUCACAUAGUAUCUUGAAAUAUAAUUCGACAAAUAUAAAAGACGAAAUGUUUACAAAAUCGUAUAAUGCUAUAUCAGAGCCAAGAAAUGUUAAUAAAUCUAGUAAAAUUUGGCAUACUACAAAAAAUUAUGAAAAUAGUGCAAUUAGUACUGAAAACAUACAUGAUAAAGCCAAAAUGAACGAAAUGUCAAUGAAAACCACUGAAACACAAGAUAAUGCAACACAAAAAUUUAAAAGUGAUUUAAAAUAUACUUUAGAAGAAGAGGUAAGAAAUACUAAUUAUAAAUAUAUAUUGCAUAACAUACCCGAUCCAAUUCAUUACAAAGUUUUUAAAACAAAUACAACGAAUACAAAAGAUUUCAUAAAAACUAUUAAAAAAAGAAAAAUAAGAGACUUCACUACAAAUCCAAUAUUUCCAAAAAUAAAUGUAAAAGCGACAUCAUAUAAUACCUUAAAAUAUAGGCCAAAUAACACGAAAGGCUUUGGGAAAGAAACAUUGAUUUCAGACCUGUACAAGUAUGUUACAAUUCACACAAAUGUUGAAGAAUCUAGUACAAUUGAGAAAACAUCAAAAAAAUUUGAAUAUGACGAUAACAAUAUCGAAGCUAUAGACAAAUUAUAUAAUAUAACGGUCGCAUUAAGCAAUACAGCUUUACCAAAAACUAAUACUAUUAAACCACGUGAAAAUAUUAUAAAAUAUAAAUUAGCAACCGUAAAUACUACAAAUUUUAAGGAACUUGACAACUUGUUAGCCACUCAAAACACAAAACUUUACAACACGACUGAACCAAUGAACAAUAAAUGGUUUUCCACAAACUCGAAGAACACCAAAGUGCUUACAAAUGUCACUGAAAACAUUGUGAGUACAAAUAAAGCAACAAAUUUAACGAUGAACCCAAUAUUUCUUCAAAGAAACAUUGAAGCAACCUUAAAUAGUCCCGUUAAAUAUAGUCUUAAGCACAAGAAAGGUAUAAUAUUCACGGAGUCGUACAAUGCCAUUUCAAAACCAAUGAAUGUAAAAAUACCUAGUACAAUAUGGCAUACUCCAAAAAGUUAUGAAAAUGACGUCAUUAAUGUAAGUAAUAUAGAUCAUGUAACAAAAGUAACGGAUAUUUCAACAAAUGCAACUAGAACCCGAAAUUAUAGUAAACAAAAAUUAGAGACUGUCACAAGUAGACCUUUUGAAACACUUCACAAGUUUCUAGCCACCAAAAUUAUACAACUUAAAAGAACACAUGAACCAACAAAUGUUUUAAAUUCUAUUUUUCUUCAAAAUAUUAUAACGACGGCUGCAAGUACUACAAAAUAUACUCAAACAAUUUUGAACGAGAAAUUGCUUACAGUUACAGAAAGCACUAUAUUUAUGACUGAACCAGAGUUAAAAAAUAAUGUAACAAGUAAAAUCAAAACUUUUAACAAUAAUUUGACAACAAUAGGACACAAACCUAUUUUGAAUAAUAUUGCGUCGGAGUCACAUAAAAGCUGGAAAAAUGUAACAUCAAAAAGGACACAAUCCAUUUUCCAUAACUUAAAGGCUUUAACUAAAGCUAUGUCUGUGAAAUAUUUUACAAGCAAACCACAUACCUUCGUACACACAGCUUUAAAAAUAAAAAAUAAAUCAAACAAAGGAAUAACGAUAAAGAAAAAUGAUAGUUCCUACUUAAAAACUUUUUGGCCAUUGGAUGCAACAAAACCUAUUUUACCUGUACUGCCAACAAAUCUCGCUACUGACCUGUUAAAAAUUAACACUACAGGACUACAGGAACAACACAAGCAACCAAAAAAAAUGAAUACGCUUGUUACUCAAAUUAACCACAAAACUGUAGAGAACAGUAAGAUGAACUUAAAAGAACUUCAGUUCUCAAGAGAAAAUACAAAGGAACUAAUGCUAUCUAAGCAGACGCCUAAAAAUCAAGAAUUACAUUUACAAGUCUUAAGCAAACCAUUCGAUUUCAAUACGGAUGCAACUUUAAAGCUAGACUUACAUCCAUCCUCACCAAGUUCUACUAGUCAUGUUCUCAAACAUAAAACAACUCCGACAGUUGGUAAAAUUCAGAUGAUGAACACCAAGAAAUUAGUGAAUACAGCUACACCUUAUACUGUAAGUGUCACAGCACAAUCAUAUCAAGAAAUCCUUAGACCAACACUUAGUCAGAAAGCAACGAAUAAUAGAACUCAUCACCAAACAGAUAAAUCGUUCGUUUUUAAUAAUUUUCUGUAUACAAAACCUAUUCAAAAACAUGAUGUUCCCAAUAAGUUUGUUUCUAAUGUGACUCAAUCUAAAUCGCACAAAGCAAAUGGUACACUUGCCACAAUUAAUAAAACAUCGUCUGUAAUUUCUGAAAGUACGAAAUUGGAGAUAAGUAAAACGUUUACAGAACCUACUAAAAUACCAAUAUAUAAAUAUAAUAGUCUCAACCCUAUGAUAUUUCCAAUUAUAAAUGGUACAAGACAUUCUAAAUCAAGCAACUUGAAAACAAUUAAACCUGAUGAAAUCGAACUAAGUAUUCGUGUAGGCAUAGAAACCACUAAAGAUCGAAUCCAAUUUACAUUAGUUAGUAUUGAUGAAAAACCAAAAACGGUGAGUCACCGAGUAGAGCCGAAAUCUGCAAAAAAGAGUUCCACUAAAGCGUUUGUUUUACCGUUAAAUGUUGACCUCAACAACGGUAAUCUGAACAGUAAAGGGUUAACGCUUAUGAACUUAACAAGAAGAGCUAAUGACAGAAAAGAAGUUGAAAAAGCGAUUACUCUAUCCAAUAAUAUAAAACAAAUUAAUCCUCCAGAAACAACAAUAAGUAUAGAAAAAAAGCCAGUAACUGUAAUAACAAAUUCGCAAAAUAGAUGGAUUUCUAAUAUUACAGUUGGUAAUAUAUCUACUAUAGAUGGUGGUAACAAAACAAGCUUAUAUUCCAAACAAAUAAUUGAAUUAGUGAACGUCAGCAGUACAGUACAGCCUACAUGGAAACAACAUAAAAAAAUUGUUAUUAAGCCUGCGAGUCUUACAGAUCAGUUUACAAUGGAAAACUUAAAACAUAUGUACCAAGAACAUUUACAGAAAUUAAAAAAGAACAAUAACAUUACAGAUAAAAUAAAAAUAAAAACACAAAUGUAUGUAACCAACGAAAAUAUAGCCAAUAGUACAUUUACAGCAACAAAAAAAGAGUCAACAAUGAUCAAAAACGAAGAAGAAGAUAGUGACUCACUAUUUAGAGAAAACGACAAUUCAGAAGAUGAUAACUCAAUGUUCGUCCCAAAUCAUGUUAGAAAGACUAAAAUGAAAAAUUUCAAUAAUGUUGCCAAAGAACAUAACGCAACCUAUUCCACUACUCAUAUACUACUUAGUCAUGAUAACGUCACGAAUAGUUAUCAAUAUUUAACUGAAACAAACAAACCAACAUAUUUUCAAGAUAAACAGAAUAAAAUACCUAUUACAUUCGAAAUUAAAGACGUAAAGCUGCAAAACAACUCAAAAUUUAAUAUAAAAGAUUAUGGUAAAACAAAAUUUAUUAAUGAUACUACUACUUAUAGUACAGAUAUCAAAGGGAAACUACAUAAUGGAACAGUUUAUAUUACGCCUAAUCAAAAUAAAAUAAUUAGUAAAACGAACAUGAGCAUAACAGAAAUAUCAAACAUUUCUGUCGGUGAACCUUCAGCUAUUGAAACAAAACAGAGAAAAAAAACACUUACCAGAAAGCGUAAAAAGCUUAUUAAUGCUUUGAAGUACAAAACUGACAUAGCUGAUUUACUCAAAAAAUUAGUGAAAACUAAAGAAAUCGAUAUAAAAAAGUUAAAUACAACCAACAAAAAUGAUAUAAUACAUAGAUUACUUUCUAAAAUACGUAAACCAACUAUACAUAUUAAUAAAUCUUACAUACAAAACAAAAGUACAAACAUACCAAUCAAAACUAAUUACAAAAAAAUAUCCGAUGAAAAAUUGCAUGAAGAGUAUAAAACACAGAUAGAUAAGCCCACAAGAAAAUCUUAUUUCAGUCAUGCAAACGAUACUCAGACAAUACAUAAUUAUCAGAUAAAUAAACCUACAGAUAAAAUAACAAAAAAAGAAAACGGCAAAAAAAUGAGUUUAAACAGAUCAUUCGCAAUGAUAUCGACAAUUUAUUUAACAGAGGUGACUAAAAAACCAGAGUCAAAGAAAUCUAAUCCACAAUUAUUUUCGGGUAUGAAAUUGGAUGAAAAUGGUGGGGUUCUAAAUUCUACAAAAAGUUAUAAAUUUUUUAACUUAUCUUUAAACAAUAAUCUGCAAAAAAAUCCUGCUGCUACGUUUAACGAAAUUAAAAUAAAAGACAAAAUUACGAAACUAGUUACAUCUAAACCAAUUACUUUAAAAAUAAUACCUUCAAAUACUACUGAUGUAUUGUCAUUAAUAAAUAAUGAGAUUAAAGACCAAACGGAUUUUACUAAAAGUAAUUCAAUUUUAGAUGACGAUAAUAAAUCAAAUUUAAAAUGGACGACAUUAACUACAACUAACAUAAAAGCCCCCAACAAAACACAUUUCAUAACCAUCAAAAUUAGUAUUCCAUAUUUAACUGUUCAUGCGACUACUAAAAUGACCAAUGAUGAGUUAGAAAAAUCACCAACAAAUGUUAAUGCUAAUAAAUUCACUCCUAAGCCUAAAAUUAUAACAGCAAUGUUCAAUUAUCAAUCAAAAGAUAGUAUUGAUCCCUUGACACCAGCAGCAUUCAUAACUAACGCUACGCAGACAAGUAUAAACUCGAAAGUUCAGCCAAAAACAUUCAGAGAUAUAUCCGGUAUUUCUCACAGUUUAGAAAUAUUAUCUGGCUUUACUUCUAACGAUAGAAAAACAGAUAUAGAUUAUGUACAUAAGAUGGGUUCUGCACCGAAUAAAGCUAUAACCACUCAAAUUUCAAAAUCAACAUUAAAUGAUUUCCUUGUAAGAAGACACGUUAAUGAACAAAAUAAAUCAGUGACUGAAAGCUCUAAACAAGUUUUAAAUGAUAUAAAUUUAAAUAUAGCCAACAAAUCUAUUAGCAAAUACAACAUAUAUAAUAAAUUUACUGAAGUUUACUCAGCCAUUUCAAAUGCAAACAAUUACUCAAAAACAUCAAAACCACUAAUACUUCUUAAUUUGAGCGAUAACAAGGAAUUGGCAUCAAAUACAGAACAUAUUUCGAAGUAUGGCACUAAUUUGAACAUUACAAAACAACCUCAAAAGCAUUUCUUUAAUGCAGUUUCAAAUGAAAUUCCACCCGGGAAUAACUCAGAUUUAUCACGAACUAAAAAAAUAAUGUAUACGACAAACGACGAAAUAAUGCCAGGAGAAAUACAAAAAAAGUCAAAUUUGUUCCUAAAAAUGAUUGAGAAUUAUAAUGAUAAUCCUGAUGCGUCCAUUACCCCAACAAUUGUUACGAAAGUACUUAACUUGAAACAGAAUGACCUAAAACUGGCCAAUAACUCAAUACUAGAAAUACGAACAAUAGCUCAUCUGUAUAAUAAAACUUCGAGUAAUACAUUAGAUUUUAAGUCGACAUAUGGCUUAAAUUAUACAACGUCACCUAUUCAUACUAAUGCUUUAAAAGAAUUUGAAAAAGAUCAACAACAUAAUAAGAAAUUUCAUUUUACUUCCAGUACUGUAAGCGAAAACUAUUUAAAACCAACUGUAGCUACUUAUAAUCCUACAAUAUUUAACAAAAAAAUUAAUAUUUACGCCGAUCCUAUAACCACAACUGUAAGGUUUAGGACAACCAACAAUAAUUCGCAGUCAAUCAUUGCUUUACUUUCAAACCACCAAAGUUCAUCUAUGUACACGACCAAAAGAACUUCUAAUAAGAGUAAAAAAAAUGACCCUACUCCGAAAUCAUCAUUAAACACUACACCUUACGUCCUAAGUACCAUUGGAAUAAAUUUAAAUCAAACUACUUCACUUGUUAAAAAUCUACAUACAACGCGACAUGUAAAACUUAACACUUUUGAAACCAAGUAUAGAGACGGAUCAAAUUUACCUCAAGAUUUAAAAGAAAAUAUAGUGACUAUGAGUUCGUUAAGUGCAAACACUACGAGUAUAACAAACCAAGCUGAUUUUAAAAACAUUUACAACGAAGUCACUCAAAAUCCAAAUGAAACUCAAGUAGAUACUACAGAGUAUAUACAGACUGAAAUUAUGCCUUCGUUAUUGAAAAUAAAAAAUACUACAAUUUCUGAAAGAGAAACAAAAGUUAUAACAAAUUUUCUAAAAUCGUCAGUUAAUUUGUUAAUAGAACAUAAAACUCCAAACAGAGAAAAAUCUAAUUUUGGCAAUCCUCAAAAUACAACUCAGAUUAUAUCUACAAAUGCAAAAGAAGAAAGCAAUCACACUUCACAUUUAAUCGCAAUGCCAUUUAACACUGUUUCAAAAAUUUACAUUUUAGACCCUAAAAGCAGCAAAAGUAUUUGGAGUCGAUAUACUAGAGGCAAUAAAAAGCAAAACACGAAAACAACAACUAAAAUUUACCAAAACUCUAAUAAAAUAAGUAAAAGUUUUACAAAUAUAAAUCCUUUAAGUAAGUCUUACAGUAUCGACAAACAGUCAAAAAAUUUUGCAGACAUGACUAUAACUGUGGCCAGUCACAAAUCAGAAAUGAAUAUAAGCUAUAUUAAAGAAAUUCAAAAGAAUGAAACACAAUUAUUAACUGAUAUGACUGUUCCUUUUCUUUUGAAUAAUAGUAUACAUCAAAAGCAAGCUUCAAAUCAAUUGAAAAUGCGUAAUUUACAAAACAAAAUAAGUCAUAAAGUUACAAAUAUAUCCUUAGAUACCACAAGAAAUUCUUCUAAAUCUAAAAUGUCGGGACUUCCUAACUUCGUUACAGUUAAGUAUAAAGAUAAAAAUACAAAAUACACAUCAAAAGAUCGAUUUUUACCUUCAUCAUACAAAAGUAAUAACGAAUCUAUUCCUAUCAGUAACCGAAAAAUAAAGUACAAUCCUUUAUCGACAAUUUUUGCCGAAUCUGCAUCAAUAGAGGGGAAAAAUGUAAAAAUUUAUAGCUCACGACUAAAUAGGUAUCAUUUCUUACGACCUCCUCUUACAGUAACAAAUCAUAUUAAGUAUAAUACAUACCAGCCCCCGACCGAAGAAGAUAACGAAGGCCCAACAUUAAAACCAAAAAUAAGCGCACGUCCAAAUAUAUCUUGUGCUAUACUAAAAACCAUGAGACAUAAAUUCCAUUCUACUUAUGAAUUUAUAGAAUUUCUGAAAGCAUCAAAUUGUUCUGCUGACAAUCUAACUAUACAUUUCAAUAUUAAAAAUAAUAGAUUUUCGAGGCCACCAUCGAAGCAAAACCCUAAUAGAAAAACGAGUAACAUUAAACAUCCAGCUAUAAAACUAACCAAAAAGGUUUUUACUAAAUUGGGAUCAAAAGAAUCACUAUUAAAUUCAUUUGAAAAAACCAAGUUAUAUCCGGUUAAGCCAGCGAAGGCGGUACUACCAAAAUUGCCACCAAAUAUCGUAAAACGAAUAAAUAUCGGUGGAGUUAAGAAAAAAGAAAUAAUGUCCAUGAAUACACGUGACUUUUUCAGUCAACACCGCUUAGCGACUCCGAGCCACUUAAAAAACCAAAAAGUGCGCCAAAAUAAUCCAUUAUUCGUAAAUACCAGAUACUCUAUUCUAAGACCCAAGUUUCAUCCUCUGGAAGUCCCACGGCACAAAAUAGAUAGACCUAAAACUUUCUUCAUGCCUCCUAGAAAUGAAGAGGAAACAUUUGCUGAAAUAUUCGAAACCCCGCUUCAUCAUAAGAAAUUAAAUUGGAAACAGCAAAUUGGGUCAGUUCGGGCAGCGCUGCAAAAUAAUCCUAGUGCCUUGUUCCCGACGCAAAUUAAGGCGUCUGUUAGCAAUGUGUUAGAUAAACCACAUACACAUCCUAAAACAGACUGGGACCUUUUUAGAGAUAAAACUGACUUAUCAAAAAAGAAAUUAUGGGGUCCACCUGAUUUCGUACCGCUCACAUGGCCGCCAACUUAUGACCUCAGCCUUCCAAAGCCUUUGACUCCGACUGGAGAUGAAUACAACCUCCGGCAGUUACAGUACAGAAGAAACUUCCAGGUCGUAACCCCUACACCUAAGGGUGAAGUGACAGAUUGGUGGUUGAACGACAUGUACCUGAAGGUACGGCUACCACUGCCCAUCAACUCCAAUCCAGGCAUGGUGUUUCCUCGUCGACACUUUGCAAAGAUGGAAGAGGUAGCUGACCUUGGAGCUUUGUUCAUCGAUGAUAUACUGGAUUACAAGGAAAUGUUGGAUAGAGGAGAACUUCCCCUUGAACGAGCUACCAGUCGCGAAAAGGGUCAGCCCCUUUGCAUGGAGCAAUUUUAUCGUUUACUGGGCGUCUGCCGCAUACCAGAAGUUGGCAAAGAUAGAUUGGAGCUGCCGGCUGUCAAAUCUGGAAAAGAGGAACAGGAGGAGCUGGUUGUGGUUGCUUGCAGGAAUUAUUUCUACCCGAUCCCGGUAAAAGCAGUAGACCGCGGCAGAAUCACGCCAGGAGAAAUCCAAGCACAGCUACUUCACGCUAUGGUCGACGCUGCUGGAGCUCCACCAGCGCCCAGGAUUGGUCUGCUAACGUCCAUGAACAGAGACCAGUGGGCUAGGGCCAGGGAACACCUAAUUAAAGAUGAAAUGAAUCGUAUGAAUUUGGAGCUCAUAUCCCGCGCACUUUGCAUCCUGUGCCUGGACGAAGCUGGAGGCGAUAGAGCAGACACAGACCCUGAGACGAACGCCAUGUUGCGGGCCAUGCACGGAGCUGGCACUCGUCAUCACUCCGCCAACCGGUGGUUUGAUAAAACUGUUCAGCUGAUAAUAUCAUCAGACGGUACAGUGGGCAUGUGUUACGAGCACAGCUCUGCCGAAGGUGUAGCAGUGGUACGUCUGGCUGAGCGAGCUCUCGCCAGGGCGGAGGUGGCAGAUCGGCCGGCUCCCCCACCGGCUCUACUGCCUGCCCCGCAAGCUAUGAAGUGGAACAUCGUACCAGAAGUUCAGAGGACUAUUGAGCAUGCUGCACGAGAACUUGAUAGGGCUAUAUCAGACCUGGACUUCAAAGUGUACACAUACCGCGGUUACGGGCGGGAAUUCAUGAAGUCAUGUCGCACCAGUCCAGAUGUCUACAUCCAGCUGGCGAUCCAGUAUGCUUACUACAAGAUGUACGGCUACCUUGUGACAACGUACGAGUCUGCCUCCCUUCGCCGCUUCCGUCAGGGUCGUGUCGAUAACAUCAGGUCAGCGCACGGGGCAGCCCUAGCCUGGGCAGCAGCUAUGUGCACCGCGGAUGCCUCACCACUCAACGACGGGACUGAUGAAGGCCAAAAGAAGGUCUCAUUCAAUUUGUAUGGGGAACAGAAAAAAAUAGAACUGUUCGAAGAAGCAGCUCGCAAGCAGACCUCCAUCAUGGAGGCCAACAUCCUUGGCAAGGGUAUCGACAACCACCUGCUGGGCCUGCGGGAGAUGGCGCGGGAGACCCUGGGGGAACUACCUCCUGUGUUUUGUGAUACGGCUUACAAACAGAUGUUUGAGUUCAAAAUGAGUACCAGUCAGGUAACCACCACCACAGACGGCACUUUCAUGGGCUACGGGGCGGUCUGCCCCGACGGAUACGGCUGCUGCUACAAUCCCAAGAAAGACUCCAUCAUAUUCUGCAUUGCUUCUUUCACAUCUUCUCCUGUCACCAACACGGAAGCCUACAGACAAUCGCUCGAAGAAGCCCUGGAUUCUAUGAAAUUAAUGUUUCAAGCACGAAAAGCAGGGAAUUGA